CCGGGCUCCGUGGGCUCAGCUGCCGGCACCAGCCGCCGGCGCCCGAGGUGCAGCGGUGCAGCGUCUCGGUCCCCAGAGCCCCGGCAACAUCCGCCCCUGGAAGACGAUGCUUAAGGGGAAAGGAAAGCCACUUCUUGGAAUGUCUGAGUUGUAAUUCAGGCUUGAGUUACGGUCCGGGCAAACAUGCUGAACCCCACAAGUGAACUGGAGUUUGCAAACCAAGAAGAUACCGAGGACAUCGCCCAGUUCGCGCCCCUGGCACUGUCAGGUGGCGAAGCAUCCAACGAAACAAACAUGGCCCCUGUACCCGAAAAGACUGGCUAUCCGGACUGCGUUUACGUUAUGGCAGCAAAUAUUUUUCAGGGUAUUCGAAUGGAAAAGUCACCAGAGAAAGUCCUCAUCAAGUACGGGAAUGAACCCCUUCCAUCCUUGUCGGAGUCUGGGGACGAAUCCUUUCAACGUUUGUCCUAUGAGCUGGCUUUCAGUACCCUGAAGUAUCAAGAUAUUUUGGAAAGUAUAUUAAUAGACAGCUAUAUCUAUUCAAGUACCACAAUACCAGAUCACUUGAGCUGCCUUAUUAUUGUGAUGCUGUAUGAUUUCCAAGAUAGAAAAUUUCAACCUCGUCUCCUUUCUGAUAACGAAGAAUCGGUAAUGGAAGUUCAAGAAGUGGAGAACCUCCUUAACAGUUUUAAGAUAAAAUUGGCUGCGGCAUUGGCAAGAUAUCGAAUCAAACAUGAUGCCCUUUCAAUUUACCACAUUCUUCCGGAAAUAAUUAGGAAACAGGAGCUAAGGGCCUCCACUUUGCCACUUUAUGCUUGGAUUAAUACUUGUAAAAUCAGCCCUGAAGAAGUUUAUAACAUUUUGAAGAAAAAAGGCUAUAAUAAGGUCACAUCUGUGUUGCAUGUUGAUGAUAAAGUCUUUGCUGUGGAUCAACAUUGCUAUGAUGUGUUAAUUUUUCCAUCUCACCUUAAAAGUGAUCUUCUAAAUAUAGAUCUUUUCAAAGAUUGUAAACUUAUAUUUCAGGACAAAUCUCGAAGUCUUGCUGUCCACUCUGUAAAGGCUUUACUAAAUAUGGAUGAUGAUAUCUUAAUGGUCAAUACAGGUUCAUGGUACACAGUUGCCCAUAUGUCAAUAUUAACAAAUAAUAAUACCUCAAAAAUAUUUGUGUGUGGAGUGCAAUCACAAGCUAAGGACCCAGACCUGAAGAAGCUUUUCACAAAAAUGGGAUGUAAAAAUAUUGAAAUACUUCAUGAGACAUUUCUUAACAUUGAAUCAAAGAAUCUUAAGUUACAGAAAGUUAAAGUGAUUCUGCUGCUACCUCGUUGUUCAGGACUGGGUGUUAGUAAUCCAGUGGAAUUUAUUUUAAAUGAACAUGAAGAUCUAGAUUUACUUAAAGAUCUCUCUCAAGGAGGCAUAUCAGAAGAUAAACUUCACGUUUUUGCUGAACAGCAAUAUGAACAGCUAAAACAUGCAAUGAAAUUUACUAAAGUUCAAGCAGUUGUUUACUGCACAUGUUCAGUAUUUCCGGAAGAAAAUGAAGCUGUUGUUAAGAAAGCACUGGAAUUUCAAGAUCUUGGGCUUAAAGUGCAACCUUAUAGAACUCCUUCCCACACUUGUAUAUCAAAUAAAACAAUCCAAAGAUGCACCAUGAGGUUAAUAACUUCCUACCUGCAAGUCUCGGCGUCCCAUCAGCAGCUGGAACGGGGUCCUGGAAGUCCCUUGAACAGCCAGAUGCUAAGUCCUCCUGUUCUUCCACUGUGCUCCGUAGAGGAAAUACGUUUGUCUACUGAUAAAUUUUUCAGAAUGGAACCAUCUGAAGUUACCAAUAGUUGCUUUAUUUCUGUUCUAACAAGAGAGCGGGACCCAUCUGAGGCCGUUUCUGUGAAGGACGUUUUGGCUCGCGCCGCAGCAAAGGGACUGCUGGAUGGGAUUGAGCUGGGUAAAUCUUUAAAGCGGGACAAGAAGAAGAAAAAAUCAAAAAUAACCUUGCCAAAAUCUUCCACUACCGAUAAUGACAACCUCCAACUGAAAAUUGCUGACUUCCUGAGUCGAGAAAGUAACGCAAAUGCUAAUGGAUCAGAGACAUUACCAGCAAAAAUUUCUCUUCCACAGAAAAACACAACUCAAGUGGGUCCUUCCUCACAGGUCAGAAAAUCUAACAAGGCCACCUCCAGUCCUUUAGUGCCCACACUCAUGAAAAACAUACCCCCCUCCAAGUCAUAUUUAAGGCAAACACACUUCACAAGAUCUCGACCAGAAGACAAAAUGGUUGUCCUGAAACCCAUAGAGAUUGUUUUGCCUCCAGUAAUGUUGCCAUUUUCAAGUGCCCCAGGGGUCAGAUCUCAGAUACCAACUCAUCAAUUUUACUGUCCUUGGGCUGGACCCAACAGUUACGUUCCCAGCUACUUUUCCACACCAUUAAUCAAAAAGAAGGAAAAGGCUAAAGAACACUUACCUUCCUCCACACUCAGGCACCCUCGCCCAUGGCUUUGAUUGCCUUGUGCUUUUUUUAUAGAGUCAAGAGCAGCUGAUUUUUUUCCCCAAAGCCUGCUACUUCUCUGAGGGUUAGACAUCCCUACAAAAGAUACCCAAUCUUUCGGUCACUUAGUGUUUUCUAAAUGUGAUACUACCUUCAAGGGAAUUAAGACUACAGUGAGAAACAAUAAUGUAGGCAAUUAAGGAAAACAGAAUUCAGAGAUUCCAACAGCUCAGUGCUGAUCUGUUCUAGAAUGCCCAGGUGUAGACUUAGUAGCAGCUGUUAGAACUUGACUCAACUCACUCCUGUUAACUUUCAAUUUGGGCUUAGGACUCCAGUUUUAAGAUGAAGUUGCCACAAUUUUUUGUGAAGGUCAAUACUGUUUGCCUUUUAACAGACUUCAAACUCACUCUGUGAAGGCAAUCUAUUAGAUAAGGCACAGCUACAGCAGAGAUGCUGACCCUCCCACACCCACUGAGAUUGCGCUGCAGUAUCUAGCCCUUUUCAGUUUAGCAUUUUUCAGUCACUACUGAGGUUGAUUCCCCACCCCCACCAUCAAAAUCUUUAAACAGUGGAUGAUGAGUUUUGUAGUGUGACUGAGGUUGAGUAUGAGUAGGCGGAAUAGGAAGGUCCAAAGUCCCAGGUGUGGGGAGUUCAGAUGAUAGCUCUGUUGACAGAGAGACACCUGUUUCUCAGUGGAAGGGCUUCCAGAAUUUGAGCACAUUGAACAUAAUCAGCCAUUCCUUCCGACAGCCCCAAGUACUGUUGUAGAAAAGUGACUGUCGGCAAUUUUCCUACUUAAUAGUAAUAAUUCUGUGGAAGAGCAAAACUGUUGAAUACGAGUGACACCUAUGAUUGAAGGAAGCCAUAAAAUGUCUGAUUCAACUCAAAGAUCAGGUGAAACAGUAAAAUACACAAGUCAUUUCAUAUGGCACACAGUAAUCAACUUUGGAAAAUCAUUUCUGAUGCACAAUUAAAAUAUACUGUAGCACUGUUAAUUAUAUUGCAAGUCAAUUCAUCUUGAAUGUAUUAUCAAUUGCCUACCAAGAAUUGGUAUGAUUAUCACUUCUGGGUCUACUGAUUUUUUUUUUUUUUCAUCAUGAUGACAGAAAUUGUUUGACAUUAAAUACGUUGCAACUAAAAAUUCUAUUGUUAAAAAAAUGUUGAUAGACACAUAAAGUUCAAGUUUAAAGUGCUGUUUUCAGAAUCCAGUUGUGUUGAACAGUGUUAUGUACAUUAUUAAAUGUUCAAUUCGGGUGGCAUGGUUUUAGUAGAACAUUAUCUUUAAGGUGAAUAUUUAGGACUUUACCACCUCUAAUAUUCUACUCUUUAUUUUCUCACUUGCAGUGAAGAUUUUGAAAUGAUUUCAUUUUAUUAGUAAUAAAUGUUUACUUUAGCUGAAGAUUUUCAUUUAUCUGUAAAAUGUGUCAGUCAAGAAACAAAACUUUUUGCACUUGAACCAGGCCUGUUCUGAAUCUCAAAAGUAUUCUUAUCUGAGUCUUAAAAAGCACAAAUGUUUCAAAUGUUUAGCUUAUUUUACUAAUUUCAAAAAUCAAAAUACUCAAGUCUUUGCUCUAAAUAUUGUAGCACGUGGUUCACCGUCUUUCUCCCACCCUUCAGCUGGCUUGGAGCAUUGCAGGCCUCUUGGGCACAGGCAUGCAGCAGAACUGAACUCUGUUCUGCAAAGAGCUGUGGUUUCAUUCUAUCCUUUUUAUCCCUUCCCUACUCUCUUCCCCCGGCCUCAGAUUGAAUGGAGUCCAUCGUCCAAAAGUGUUGAUAACAGUUCUGAGUUUUUCACCUUAGGUAGUAAGUUAUAAAAAGAAAAUUCCAACUGUUGUGUAAUAGUUCACAUUCUUCUUCUGAUCACACCAGCUGCACAAACUCCCGUCAUUUUACAACCUUAGCCACUUACAUUUUCAGUUCCUGAUGACAAGCAUCUGGUCACUGAAUUACUUUUUUCUCUAAAGGUAUAUAGAGAUUCUGAAUUAAACCAUUCAAUCGUUAAACGCGCAGCAUUCUUCUUUGAGAAUCUUCUAUGAAGUACAUGAUCUGUUAUUAAAUACUUUGGUAGAGUAAAAGGGGGAAAUACUUAGGAUAACAGCAACAUACAAGAAUUCUAAUGAAGGGGAAUGUUAAUUACACUGACAUUUUGCUGAGCCUUUUUGAGAAAAAUGCUGCAAAGAUAGAAAGGAGCAAAAUACCGGUAUUUAGAUACUCCAAUAGCAAAUUCAGAUAUUUAUCUUAAUUACUUAUCACUAUAUAAUACUCGAACCAAAGUGGAAAUUUUGCUCCUUGAGAACUGCCUCUGAUAGAGUAAAAGAUAAAACUACUAGGGGAAAUGCAGGAUGAACAAAAAGCGGGUACAUUCUUCAAAUUCUUUUUAUCUUCCUCCAUUUGCCUAAUAGCUCAACCCACUCAGAUGCAACAAAUUUGUUUUUCUAGUACCUUUCAUUUUGGAUAUUGUACCUGAACAACUCUGUAUUCUUUGAGGUCAGGUUUUCGAAGCAAUGAAAGACUGUCCUAAUAUCAGACUGCUGACCCAGACUUGUGUUGGUGACGCCUCGUGUUGGCCUCUGCGCCCACAAUGCCAGGUGUCCUUCCUGAUCAAAUAGGGACAGUGUGAGGAAAUACUCAAAAUUUAGUGACUUUCCCAUCCUUUCCAGGUGGGCAUAGGCCAUAAAUAAUGAGUCUUCGCUUACUUAAAUGAGUUCUACACAGUUUAAUUUGAAAAUAAAAUAACUGGCAUGGAGAUACUAAACUUGUAAUUCUAUCCCUGGAUAUAUAUGACUGAGAUGUCCGAUAAAUGAGCCAAACAUUUUAUGCAGCUAAGUUUAUUCUCAC